AGGGGGAAGGUCGCCAUGGCGACCCGCUCCGCCCUCCGCGCGCCUCUCGCGAGACCCUCCGGCCCGACCCCGUGCCCGCCCUCGGAGGGCUGGCAGUUCCCGCCUCGCACAGGUCACUCAGAUCCUCGGGACCUCCUCCUCCCUAACGCUGGUGGCGACGAGAUUGACCUGCCCGAGUACCAGGGGGAGCCAGACGAGAUCUCCGUGCAGAAGUGCCGUGAAGCCGCCCGGCAGGUUCAGGGACCUGUUAUAGUAGAGGACACCUGCUUGUGCUUCAAUGCCCUGGGGGGCCUUCCAGGACCCUACAUAAAAUGGUUCCUGGAGAAACUCAAGCCAGAAGGCCUGUACAAGCUGCUGGCUGGCUUUGAAGACAAGUCUGCCUACGCCCUCUGUACUUUUGCCUUCAGCAGUGGGAACCCCGAGGAGCCCGUCAGGCUGUUCAAGGGCCAGACCCACGGGCUGAUCGUGGAGCCCAGAGGCCCUCGGGAUUUUGGCUGGGAUCCCUGCUUUCAGCCAGAUGGCUACAACCAGACCUACGCUGAGCUGCCCAAGGCAGUGAAGAACUCCAUCUCACACCGAUACCGAGCACUGAGCGAGCUCUCUGCCUUCUUUCUCCAGAGCAACUCGACAGAGCACCACUCCGGUCCCAGCUAGUGCCCCGGGCUGCGGGCACCCCGUGUCCACAGAUCACAGAAUUGUUAGGGCUGGAAGGGACCUCUGGAGAUCAUCCCCUCCAACCCCCCUGCAUGUCCAUGUCACACACAGCCCCGGGAGAGCUUUGUUCUGCUGCGGGCUGCCAUUAAAGCUGCUCCUUUAGAACCCA